ACCGCAGACCUCGAGCAGCGCUGUUUGUAGUUUAGGCUACAUCCGGGAGAUUUUGGCAGAUUGUGCUUUAUCGCCAAAUGGCAAAAUAUUUUAUUGUGAAGUGUUCACGGAAGCUGCGGGUAUCCUUUCAGUCACGUUGACGCCGUCGCCGUUUUUCACGUCGACAACAAGCAAGACGACAACAAGACACGCACUAGGCAUCCAUACAGCGGGAAGCUUGUCUCCUUGUUCAAAGAUUGACUGAAGUUCUGCCAUGCCUGUGGCCUCCACCAGGACAGACCCUGCUCCCCAGGUGUUAGACGCAAUGAGCGACAGCACCACCAGCUCCACUAUUGCCAAUGACCUGGACCUAAUCUACCUCAAAGGCAUUAUGGAAAGCCCUUUGGAGCAAGAGGAGAGCCCAAAGGAGCCCCGGUUGUCGCCAGUGGGGGAGAACAAUGUGGAGCUCCUGCAGGAGAUCCUCAGAGACCUCGAUCCGUUCACACAGCGCUCUGACACUGCAGCUGAGCUCGCCCGCAUUCUCACACAGCCACACUUCCAGUCUCUACUGGAGACUCAUGAUUCAGUGGCCUCCCAGACAUGUGAUAGCCGACCUCCCAGCCCGUGUGAUUUUGUUGAUCAUGAACAAGAUGACAGCCAGUCAACCAAUCCAAUCCUGCCCUCUGAUGCUAUACGCAUGGUUGGCAUACGCAAAGUGGCCGGGGAGCAUCUGGGUGUGACGUUCAAAGUGGAAGGUGGAGAGCUGGUGAUAGCUCGCAUCCUCCACGGUGGGAUUAUAGACCAGCAAGGCCUGCUGCAUGUUGGAGAUGUCAUCAAAGAGGUGAAUGGACGGGACCUGAGCCAGGACCCCAGAGUAUUGCUGGAGGAGCUACAGGCUGCCAGUGGAAUUGUAGUUCUGAAGAUCCUGCCCAGUUACCACCAGACCAUUACACCAAGACAGGUGUUUUUCAAGUGUCACUAUAACUAUGACCCAGCCAACGACACCCUGAUUCCUUGUAUGGAAGCAGGCUUAAGGUUUGAAACAGGAGACAUCCUUCAGAUAGUCAACCAAGAUGAUGUCAACUGGUGGCAGGCCCGUCACGUGGAAGGUGGGAGUGCAGGGCUGAUUCCCAGCCAGAUGUUGGAGGAGAAGAGAAAAGCUUUUGUCAAGAAGGACGUAGAGCUGGCGCCUGCAGGAAAUCUUUGCACUGGCCUUGGAGUGAAGAAGAAGAAGAAGAUGAUGUAUGUGACCACGAGAAAUGCAGAGUUUGACAGACAUGAAAUCCUGCUGUAUGAGGAGGUGGCAAAGGUCCCACCAUUCAAAAGAAAAACUCUGGUUUUGAUUGGUGCUCAGGGCGUUGGGAGGCGAAGACUGAAGGCCAAGCUUCUGCUCAGAGAUCCACAACUCUUUGGCACCACUAUCCCAUACACCUCCAGAAAGCCCAAAAAAGGUGAACGUGAGACUCGAAUGUACGCUUUCACAAGCCGCAGUAAGAUGGAGGCUGACAUCAAGAAUGGCCGUUACCUUGAAUAUGGAGAGUACGAAGGCAACUUGUACGGUUUAAAGGUUGACUCGAUACAUGAGGUGGUGGAGGCAGGACGAGUCUGCAUACUGGAUGCCAACCCACAGUCUCUCAAAGUGCUGCGGACCUCAGAGUUCUUGCCCUAUGUGGUAUUCCUUCAAUCUCCUGACUUUGAGGUGCUCAAGGCGAUGAAUCACUCAGCUGUAGAGGCUGGGGUUGUCACAAAGGCCCUGACGGAUGAAGAGCUGCAGAGGACGUGCGAUGAGAGUGCCAAAAUUCAGGCAGCAUUUGGUCACUUCUUUGACCUCACCAUCAUCAAUGAGAAUCUUGAUGAGACCUAUCGCACUGUCAAAGCUGCCCUGGAAACAGUUUCCAAAAACCCACAGUGGGUCCCGGUCACGUGGGUGUUCUAAGAACAGAGAAAACUGCCUACAUUUUCUACACUCAAAACUCGCAUUUAGAUUUUCAUCAGUUUCAACAGACAUCUGCUGUUACCAUUCCCUUAGCAUGGAUUAGACAUUCUGGACAAACUGCCCCUGGACACAGCAAGGACUGCUUGUGUGAAUUUCUAAAUGUAUAGUAACAGUCACACUGCCGAGGCUCCGCUUCCUUUGGGCACCAAAAGUUGAUUCUUCCUGAAGAACAUAGUGUUAUAUUGCACAGGUCCAUUUGGUUUCAGGUGCAGUACAAAGAGCUGUUGGACAACAUGAAAUCUCCAAAAUACUCUGUAUGUGCAUGCAUGUGCAUGUCUCUGUUAAACUGAGGACAUCUAAAAUGUGUAUAUUUACAUAUCACCGAUGAACAUCAUCAUAUUUUGUCAUCGGUUACAUUUCAGUAGGGAGAUCAGACCUCUAAAAAGAAGGGGUCAGAAUGUGCCAAGUGAUUCAUUUCAGACAGAAACUGAAUCGUGCCAACUAAUUUUAAAUAUUUUUCUACUUUCUAUUAACGUAAUUAUUGGUUUGACAUUUGACACAAUAAUAUAGCAACGCAUAUCCAGUUUAUUUAUACUGUGUUGCUUCAUUAACUCUCACCUUAAACCUCUCAUAUCGCUCACAGUGAUUUAUAAACUGAUAGGCUUUCAUUUAAUGUUCAUUGGGUUUUUGGCACAUUAAAUCACAUACAUAACCUCUGUUAGUGAACAUCUUGGUUUAAUGUUUGAAUGUACAAAAUGCAGAGAAACACACCGUUAUGCUAGCAGAGCAUGACAGAUAGCAUAUCCCUCUGGCUUUCCAUGUUGCAUGCCUUCAGGGGUCUGAUGGAGUCCAUGACGCAACGGGUCACACUAUUGGGCUGGUGGUAGUCAGGCUUUCUAUGCCUGUAAUAUAUUUGCUGUUACUAAGUUAUUUAAUGAAGCAUAAAUGUUGUUCAUAUGGUGGAGGUGGUAAAGUGGUCAACAGCAACUUUUACCACUAAAACUCUGUUGUUGAGAUAGAAAUAAUGGAGUCAAAUGUUUUUUCCAGUAGCUAUAUUAUCUGGGAAUAUGUUUGAUAUUUAGUUUAAAUAACUGUACUUGUAUUGUGCUUCACCAAGUCCCGAGGACCCCAAAGCGCUCAACACUACAUUUAGUCAUUCAUCGACUCACUCACACAUUCACAUGCUGAUGGUGGUGGUGAGAUUCAAUGUAGCCACAGCUGCAGAAGCGAGGCUGCCAGACAAUCGGCGUCGCCUCUGAACACUGACAGCAGGUGAAGAUGGUCGGAGUGGGGACUCGAGCCGGCAACCAACCAAUUCCAAGAUAAGGAGUUACAGGAUAAACUCCUAGCUCCUGCGCCACCAUCAACUCCUCUGUCUGCUCAAAGGGUAUUGAUCUAUGUGAAUGCUGUCACAUAGGUUGAGUGAAACAAAACUAGUGAACAUAAGACUGUAUUAACAGAGCUUUAGCAUUCGCCAGACAAAACAUUAGGCCAGCUGAAACAGUGAACGCAUUUAGCUCCUAUUACCGCCUUACUGUCAGAUUAUAUGAUGGUUUACAAAGUGCAACACAACUGUCUGGAAGUCGGAAAUUAGUGGAUUAGCGUGAUCCUGCUCUGAUCACGGAUCAUCAGAGCAGGAGGUAUUCUGAGAAGGAAUGUAUUACAUAGUUAUUACUCCCCCAGUGUAAACCCACAUCAUUAUGCACAUUAUUGUUUCUUUAUAAAGGAUGUCUGUUUAAUACAAUCUCUCAUUCCCCGCUGGCACUUCAUCUUGCUGUGAUCCUGAUCUAAUUUACUAAGUUCCAUAUUCACAGUUUGUGGAUAGCUUGUACACACAUGGUAUAACAGGUACUUAUAUUGGGUUGAAUGGCACUUUAGUGCCCAUGUCCAGAAGGCCAUUUUUAAUAUACUGUAUUCUUACAUGAGUAUAUAACACAGGGACUUGUCCUUAUUUCAUGUUCCUCCUCAGAUUUGUUGUGUUCUCUUGGGUUCCCCGACAUGCUACACUGUUCAUGGUACGAACUGCACAGAUGUUUAUGAGUUCAUUUUUACAGAUCAGACCCUUUUUUACUGGCAGCUACUGAGUCAUUUUUAUGCACAAUGUUGAGACAUAGACAAGGAAAACCGGUGCCUGUCAAAUAGUGUACAAGUACUGAUCGUUAGCUGGCAGCAGUUGUUUUAGUUCUAGUAGGGGAGAGAUUUUUAGUUACAUAUUUAAUAUUUAUGCUUAAGUUUUCUAAAAGUUCCUGAAGAGGAGCAGAUAUUUGUCCAGCAGUUUUGUAUGUCCCAAAUACCUGGAAAGAUAUCAUUAUCACUCCCCUGAGGACAUUCCAAACCCACACUGUGUCCUUUUUCUAUACAAUAGAUGCAAUACAAGCAUUUUUUACUGUAUAUUUAUGGAUUUAGGUACAUCUUUUACAGAAGUGUCCUCAAAUAUAAGUUUACAGUACAUGGUUCUUACAGUAUACAUAGUAAAUGGUGUAUACAUUGAAGGUGGUAAAAAUUAUCUAUGUGCUAUACUUGAUAUGAGCAACUGAAACAUUCCAUGAUGUCAAAAUUAUGUGAAUUAUUUGUAGAAAAUUUGUAACCAGCAGACAGUAUCCAUGUGUUUGGUAUUAGGGAUGCAUUGAACAACAUUUUAUGGUCUCGGAUCUCUGCCCUGUUUUAAUUAUUUUUCUGGUUAAAAACUGUAAUUUCCCAAUAUAUUUAUACAACGUUCAAAAUAUUUUCUAGUCGGUCAGUAUUUUUGAGGGGAAGAGGUAUGAGAGCAUAAAGGUUUUACUAUUUUACAAGAAAGAUAGAAAAUAAUGAAGUUGACAUUUGAAUAUUUACAUUACAGUUUGGGGGCUUAGUGCAGCAAGCAUUAUGGUAACAUCAGCUUCUGUGUGUAUUAUGUUGAUCCUUACUUAAAUUGGAAUUUUUCAGAAUGUUCUAAUCCCAAAUUCAAAGCUCAAAAGGAUAAAGCACCUUUAUAAGUGCACCUUUAGUUUUUACAAUUCAAGCCCUACAGACUACUAGAAAUAAACUGGCCUAAUGUCUAAACCAUGGUGCUGCAUUAAAAUCCCAGUUCUGCAAAGUCAAACCUUUCCAACAUGUUUGAAGCUACUGAUAUGAAGAUGCUAUGGACCAACUAUGAUGCAGCUAUCAAGAUAUAUGAUUGCCUGUUUUCACGAGAAAAUAAGUAUUGGAUUAAGCCUGAUUUUGAUUUUUUUUUUUUCGUAAUGUGAGCUUGCCAUAAAGUAUGCUUCUAUCUUUUGAAAAUAAAUUAUUGAUUUAAUUGAAA